AUGUUCCACAAAUUUGGGCGCGAGGCGCAAUUGGCGUUGAAUCAAGCGCUGGAUGGCAAAGAGCCGAAAGGGUGCUUGAUGGAAUGCGGCAUGAAUCAUUUAAUGGCUGAUAAUAUUCUAGCCUCAAUCGAUGUCUCCGACAUCCGAUCAUCAAUGGGAAGCAACGAGGUGGACGCGAGCGGCGAGCGUCGCAAUCUCGUCUCGCAAACAUUGAAAGCCGCCGAAGAUUACCGCCGCCGGAAUAUGCAGUACAAGUCGAUUGCGUUGAGAUCGCUGCGUUAUGAUCGAAUCGAUUACAAGGCGCUGGCACGGCAGAGUCCUUAUCGGGAUGAUCGCCUGGGACCCCAAAAACCCAUCGAGUUCCCGAAAGAUUAUUCCGACAUGAUCGUCGCGGUGUCCGUCUAUCACGGCUACAGUCGCGAAUUGAAAUAUCACGAGGUUCGACUCGGCCGAUUGCUCAAAGUCACCGAUCGCAUCGAGCUCACCGGCGAGAACACGCUGGCCGAUUUGAGGAACGCGUUCGGCUGUCCGGCGGACUACACGUUUUGCGAGGAUUUCAGCGAGAAGAAGCCGCAACUCAAUGAUAUUGCCAAGAACAAAUUUCCGUCGUCGAUGUUCUUCAUUCACGACACCUUCUACAUCGAUCCGUCCGACGAUCCGAACGUCGUCGAUCCGUCGCUGGAGAUCCGCAAUUGGGCGUCGCGUCGUCGUUCGAUGUUCGACGAGUUCGACGUGCGGCCGAUGAGAAGCCAAAAAAUCGGCGAACUCGUUGGACGACUUGGUCUCCCAUACGUCUACAUUCAUCAGGGCGUCUGCGAGCAUCUCGUUGUUCUCAAUGACGUCAUCAUGAGAAAUGAAUCGCACGAUGACGUCGAAUUCCCACGACGUCUCAUCGAGCGCAAUUCGCGUCGCGUCUCGUGCGCACUGUGCGCCGAAUCAUCGGCAGAAUGGGCGAUCAUGGAGCACGACGAUCUGUUGCCGUCGAAUCCCGGCUUUCUGUGCGACGCGUGCUAUCGCGAGUUGUGCUUCGACGCCAACCAACGCAAAGUGUGCAAUUUCGUCGCGACACCGUACUUUGACAAGAAGGAGGUCGGCGAGUGCUCGCAAUUCGUCGAUCAGUUGAGAUUUUGA